ACGUCGAGUAGCACAUCUUCGUCAACAAGCACCUCAAGCAGCACAUCUUCGUCGACAAAUAUGGCGAAGAAUGCUUUCUCAUUUGAUGUUUCUGAGUCACUUUUUCUCUUGAUAGGCUUCUUUUGAAGGCUGUCGUGUUCAAGUUUACCGACUUUCUUAUGUGUUGUACUUCGUGUAGAACUUCUAGAAGCUUUACUCCUGCAUGAAACCGAUCUAAUUCAACCACUAGUGUGACUUCGACGACAACGCUAGAGGGGCAAACGACUAUUGACGAUGACAACGUCGGAGGCGACACUCGCGAUGAUUCGAGCAGUGAUUAUGACAUUUCUUCUUUGAUGGUGUGGUCUGUCCCUUUUUGCAGCAAGUAGCGUUUCCUAAAUUAGCAUUAGGAAUCCUAAUAUCUACUUUGCAGCAGAAAAUCUGCUGCAAAUAGUUCCUCAAUCACAAGUAAUGAGUUGCAAAUUAUUCAAUAUAGCACGCACGGGGCAUGGGGUGCAUGGAGCGCAGAUCUCUAAGGGACGCAAGAAGCGCCCCCGCAUGGACUCCAUGCGAUCCAUGCACUCCAUGCCAUGCGAGCUGGCAAACCUUAGAAAUUACUCAGUUGUUGGUAGUGCUUCUACGUGCGUACUACUAUAAUAAGCAAGCCAAAGGGAAAGGUCCAUCAACCAAGAUAGGUAAGUUCUAGAUCAAGUUGAUUAAGCCGUGUCUCUUCAAUGAUGAAGUUCAAGCCGUAUUCUAAUCCCAAGAGGCGGCCGGGGCAGCAGCGAGUGCUACUAUAGCAGCCUUAGUCAGCGAUCAUGAAUUGGCACCUGGGACAGUGACGAGUCUACUUACAUUUUCAGGAGUGGUGUAUGCAGGUGCGUCAGCCUAUCUAGUCCAUGCAUUGAUGGGACGAUAGAACAGAGUUUGCAGCCUAUAGUGUAGUGACGCCGAUUCGGGUAUUUAGAUAGAAGGGAUAACAAUCAUGAGAAGCACCAAGUAGAAGUGUAUCGUUUUUCUACAAGAGCACAGCCGCUGUGGAUAGUCUUUGAAUUGUACAGGGAGACAACAACAACAUUACGAUCGCUAGGAUUUUCAAAACUUAUUUUUUUGGGUUCAACUACAUUCUCCUAAAGCAAAGCUUAAGCUGUACAACAUACCCCAUUUGAUGACUUCUUCGUAGGAAAGGCCAAUGAGGAAAAAAAUCCUGGUCUAAUGACACAUUUUUCCUAGAACACAAUGUUGAGAGAAGAUUGCCAAAGGAAUCAGAAUUUUUGACUAUGAUUGCCUUGCUGACGAGCUUGAUAAGAAAGUUUUGGUUGACCAGUUCCUAGUACAAUCCAUCGAUGUGUGAGUGUCCUAGACGUUUGUUAAAUUCUGCGAAAAAUCACAAUGAUAGAAAGAAAU